AUGGCUGAUUCAACCGAUCCUACAAAGCCCUACCGGCACUUUGAGAGCAACUUCACUCCGGACAAGUUUGAGGAGGUGUUCUACUGGGCAAAGCCCAUACUGGACUAUGAUAAAAGUUCAGACUUCGGCAAGUGGUAUGUGCGGUCGAUCUAUGCCAACAUUGCCGUCCAGGUAAAGCUCUGCCACGACCACAAGGAGGCCAAUGACGACAAGGAGUACUUGUAUGCCUGGUCCCAGCUUAUCAAGUUCUGGGACGCUCUCACCCGGCACGAGCAAUACAAGGACAUCGACAAGGGUUGUUUUGCCGCCAAGAUGUCAUCGGCAAAGAGAAGAUGA